AGGUGUGGCGGAGCGGCCGCGCGGUGCACGCCGGGACGGCGCAUGGCGGACCGGGACGGUCCAGGUGCCUGCGGGGAAGAGGCGGAGCAGGACGAGGAGUCCCCGGUCUCGGACCCCGAGCCGGGCGCUUCGGCCGACGCUGACAUGGAGCUGCUCCGGACCCUCCUGUCCCGGACCCUCGGGCUCGGGGGGGACAAACCCGAGCGGGUGCUGGACGAGCUGUCCCUGGACGGAGUGAGCCGGUUCCUGCGGAGCGAGCGGUGUACGGGAUACUGGGAACGGGGGGCACUGGGAACGGGGGGCACUGGGAAUGGGGACGCUGGGAAUGGAUGGGGGCACUGGGAAGGAA